UGAUAUCAUACUAGCUGACUUUCGUCGACAGUCAGUCUUACGGUCAGCCUACCUUGUGAUAAUGUGUUGUGCACGCUAUUAAUGCGAUUAUCAGUGGGCGCUGAUCGAGCUAUCGCGACCACCCGAUGUCCAAACCAGCCUCAGAGGGAACUGCUUGCGUUUAAUGCCGAUCCGACAUAUGACCAAUUAAAGGCCGAUCUUCCAUACUUAGAUGUGGUUGUCCAUGAAACUCUACGACUCCAUACUCCCAGUGGGCGAGCUCACUCGUCUUGGAAAGGGACAUUGAUCACGAUACCAGUCGCAGCGAUCAAUCGCUCUUCGGCCAUCUGGGGACCCGACGCAAAGGAAUUUAAGCCUGCUCGUUGGCUAGCUGAAGACGGCAUCAGUGGGAAGGCCAACGAAGUCCAGGCGGUUUUAUCGGUUCUGGUGAAGAACUUCGUGUUUGAGAUGCGGGAUGGACCUGAUACUCCAAUCGAAGUUGCGAAUGGACUUUUACCCCGUCCGCGGGUUGUUGGAGAAGAUGGUAUUGGGGUACCUUUGAGAGUUCGUCGAUCAGAAGAGGAUACGAGACUUGCACUUCGUGCAUGUUCGUUUUCAGAGAAAACCACCACCAUCACUGGUAGCCACGGCAGUACUGCUGCUCGUGUGCUCAAGUUCCUCCCAAAUUACGACGUGUCAAACUUCGCAGGCAUCAAGACCCCUGUAUUAUCUUCUCCAACUACGAUCGUUCCUACAAUGAUCAGUACACCUUUGGAGCGGAAAUGA